AUGCCCAACCUGCGCAAUCACAUCUUUCAAAAAGCUAAGCCGCAAGCAGCGCCCUUUGAAGCGGUUCCUCUUUCGCACCGAUUCGCUCUCCUCAUGGCAGGGAGGCGGACUUGUCCUGCCGCAGCGAAGAGAUGGAGUGGGAACCCGGGCGGGCUCCGGGAAGCCGUGCUAGAAAGCCGUGCUCCACAGGGUGUCCGUGGCAAUUUCUUGGUCAUGCAGUCGCUGCCGGUAACCCUCCAGGCAAUGGACGUGCAGGAGGUGGAUGCCACCAGCACCACCAUUGCGACCCGGUGGGCGCAGGGAGAAGACGCCUUGCAGCAGCUGUUGGAGCCGCCUGGAGCGGUGAAGGCCCGGCUGCGUACCCUACCCGACACCAGGGGAAAGACCGAUGCAGCAGCAGGGUACAAGAGGUGUUUCAAAUGGAACAUGGGAAAGGGUUUGGUCCGGCGAAUAGGAGACGUCCCGCCGGCGAUGAAACGCGAGAUUUUGACAGUUUUCCCAAGUGCAAAUAUCGACAAGCUUUUGAUUGUUCCCACAUGCCAGCAUGCAACGGUCGACCUUGUCAAGACGGGCGAGAACGUUGAGAACGAGAAGGACCGUCUCCUCGAAAGGUUUAUGGCCUGGGCAAAAAUGGUUUGCGACCAGUUGACAACCGCCGGGCACUGGGCGGACUACAUCGAUCCAUGCUCUGGCUUACCGAUGAUACACACGGAGCUCAAUACGGUGUACCCAGAGGUCCCCGCCCUCAGCAUAUUGAUGGGCUACCAGACAGCGAAUGCUGGAUGCUGCAAGGUGCUUUUGCAUCCCAUUUGGGGCAGUGCCGUGUACCCGGCGUCCCUGUUUACGGAGGCGCCACAGGGGGCCCUUUUGGCCGCCAUAGAGGCAUCGAACGCGGCGCAAGUGAAGUAG